CUACCUCCCCCCACUCCUCUCCUUAAUUUGUUUUCCACUAGAUUGAGUAUAGCCCUAGUUAACAACCCCAAGAAUUUCAACCUACACCAUCUUCUCACUUAGAUGGAUCCAUCCCAUGUUAUAUUACCAAACUCCUACCUAGCUCUUUUCCUUUGACCAUAGGGGAAGAACUCUGAACCCAAUCAUUUUUCAAACUCACCGUCUUCAAUCUGUCUUCUCUAAGCCAGCUAGCUCGCUAGACAAUACCAACCAAACCCACCUGAACAACAGUGCCCCAAAGACCACAUAAUCACACAUAUAUCCCAAUUAUUAACCACAGUACUACCUUUAUAUAUAAACCCUAAUUUUCUUUUUAUCUUUAAAAAUCAAACUCAUUAUCAGAUAGUACACAACUAUUCCAAUCAUUCACGCACGUUGUUGAAUCAACUGAAUUAUUCAUACCACACUCACUCAACCCUAAAAUUUAUAAACACUCAAUUCACACGAAUUCUCUUUCAUCUUAUUUCCAUCUCAUUUUUUAAUCUUUGUCUCUCUUCACUUGUCAUCACAUCUAACCUUUUUUUAUCUAUAUCUUUUUCUCUUUUUUUCCGCGUAAUCCAAUAUCAGGAGUCUAUAUAUACACAUGUCUCUCACCAAACAUAAAACACAUCUUCUGCACUAAACACACACUCAUCCAUCCCAACUCCCAAGUCAUCCCCAAACCCUAAACCAAACCAGAAGAAAAAGAGAAAGUGCAAGAGUGCAACAUCCUCGUAACAUCACACGUGCUAUUCCUCACCCUUAGAAAGACCAUACUAUAUAUAUAACAUGUCCGCCGCCAUGGCCGCCGCAGCCGCCGCCGCCAUGUCGGGAUACCACAACUCCUCGGAGAGACAAAACCUUGAGGAACCGCAAGCGCCAUUCACAGCUGAAGAACAACGAGCGUGCGUGUCUCCUCCUCUGAGCAGGUACGAGUCGCAGAAGCGGCGCGACUGGAAGACGUUCGGGCAGUACCUCCGAAACCACCGGCCACCGCUGAGCCUCUCGCGGUGCAGCGGCGCUCACGUGCUGGAGUUCCUGCGGUACCUGGACCAGUUCGGAAAAACUAAGGUGCACGCGGACACGUGCGCGUACUUCGGGAACCCGCAGGCUCCGGCGCCGUGCACGUGUCCGCUGAAGCAGGCGUGGGGCAGCCUGGACGCGCUGAUCGGGCGGCUGCGCGCGGCGUUCGAGGAGAACGGCGGCGCGGCGGAGAUGAACCCGUUCGGGACGCGCGCGGUGAGGCUUUACCUGAGGGAGGUGAGGGACGCUCAGGCGAAGGCGAGAGGCAUAGCGUAUGAGAAGAAGAAACGAAGGAAGGGUCAACAGAACCAAGUGCAGCACCAAAGUGAUGCCAUGAUGAUGAUGAUGAAUUAUUCGAGUGUUCCUCACCACUUGUUGUUGUCUGAUUCGAAUGCCACGGCUUCUGCUUCUGAUGGGGUUUCCUACUUCUCAUCCCAGGAUGGCUUUAAUUGAUGAUUUUGUGAUCAUGUGCUCACUAUUAUUAGAAGCUUCUCAGGGUAAUAUCUGAUUAAUACCAGAGUUUUGUUAUAUAUAUGUGUGUGUGUGAUUUGGUGGAAAGUUCAAGGAUUUCCUUCCUACAUUACAGAACUAGCAAAAUAUGUUAGAACAAUGUUAUUGUUGUGAAGUAACACCAACUUUGAUGGUGUCUAAUCAUGUAGUUUAAGUGUGAAUUUGAUUAAUAACAACAGUGUUAUAUAUGCACCAGUUUAUUCA